AUGUUCGGUGUUCCCAUUCUAUUUCUCGCAUUUUACUCGGCUUUUGGCACACAAGGCGCACUCGCCAGUGGAUUCGAUGACCUCUCCGUUCGAUCUAUUCAAUUCUCUUCCGGACACGUUGAAAGGCUACCCAUAGCAGCAAUUGAAAGACUGCGUUCUGCCGCACCACUACCACGUCCUCUAGCUCCUGAAUCAUUCGUUGCUGCACGCAAAUCAUUGGCCGACAUUUCUAUACUCACCGCUUCUGUUAUUUCUGAUGAAGCCAUCGACCGACUACAAGGCCAUUUCCAGAGAAAUGUUUGGGGACCUGGCUACGUUGAUAUAACAGACUCUUUGGAGGACUCUAGCAAACGUUCUUUAGCUCCACGAGCUGAUACACCUGUGUACCCUACUCCUGAUCCGUCGGCGCACCCCGAGUUGGAGCCGAUGCUUACUAUGGUCAACUCCUCAGAGUUGCGGUCAUACGUAACCCAGCUAUCCACUAAAUACAAGACUCGCUAUUAUCUCAGCUUGAAUGCUAACCAGUCGGCAGAAUGGAUCGGGUCGCAGCUUGCCUCAUGGUUGGGAAAGGCCCAGACUCAAUUCUCGGACAAUGCUUUCCCCCAAUCCAACGUGAUUGGUCGUAUCGAAGCAAAGUCCGGCGAUCCCAACGCCCCCAUAAUUAUCCUAGGAGCCCAUUUAGACUCUACAAGCCAAACACCCGCGUUAUUGGCACCAGGGGCUGACGAUGACGCUUCUGGAGUGGCAGUCACGAUGUCCAUCAUGCGAAUCCUCAAAACCAACAACUACCAAGGAACACACGCCAUCGAAGCACACGCUUACGCCGGAGAGGAAGGCGGCCUCCUGGGUUCACAAAACCUAGCAAAACAAUAUAAAGCCCAGAACAAGACUAUUAGAGGCAUGCUAAAUUUCGAAAUGGUUGGAUACCAACCCGCUACUUCAACCAACGCAGGAAAAUCCAGCACAAUCACCAUUCUUUCCGACCCUGUUCCGCAAAUGAGUGCUCACAUGGUGCAAGUGGUUCAGAAGUAUGUCCCCACUGCUGAACAGCGUAGUGUCGAGUGCGGUUAUGGCUGCAGCGAUCACUACUCGUUCUACAACGCAGGGUAUCCAGUCGUUUGUGUCGCUUCGUAUGGGCCGAAGGAUCCUGAACUGAACCCUGGAUACCACACAACGAAUGAUACCGUGGACAAGUUGGAUUUUGACAAAAUGUCCGACUUUGUGCGUGUUGGUUUGGCGUGGGUGGUUGAAGUAGCAGCCUAA